GGCCGCCAAAUAUUUUGGCGAAUCGCUGGUAUGCCGCCAAUGACAUUAUCGGCGGCAUCGGCAACGCUGCCGGAUGGACGACGCGGCCGGGUUGCUGCUUUGGGACUCUGCAGACUGCGGAGCGCGAGGAGGCUUGAUUAUGCUCGUCAUCUGACGACGCGUCGCUGAGCCUGUAUUCCCUGUGACCACGAGGGAGCUGCGCGCACAGGCCUGCAAGCAGCAAGCCAACGUGAUGAGAGACACCACCAGGGAUGGGCUGGCCUGGGACGACAACGGCCUAGGUCCAGAGCCGAGAUGGACACGCGACCCCGACAUCCGGGCCGUCCGGCGUGUCUGUCGCCGGCACCUCUGCACGGCCGAGGACUCGUCCCAGCCCGAGGUGGACGUGAUGUUCCACGCCGAUGGCGCCUUCAGCAAGCUGUACAGGGUCAACUCCGUCCGCGGCCCCUUCAUGAUGCGCGUGUCAUUGCCCGUCGACCCGCGCCACAAGACCCGAGGCGAAGCCGCGACACUCCGGCUGGUCCGCCGCAAGACGGGCAUCCCAGUGCCGGACGUGGUGGCCUUUGACGACACCCGGAACAGCGAGGUCGGCUUCGAGUGGCUCUUGAUGGACAGGAUGCCCGGGACGCCGGCUUACUACCGAUGGCGCAAAAUGCCCAUGGCGCAGAAGGAGGCUCUGACCAUACAGGUGGCCGACUUCCUGGCCCAGCUGUUCCGCUGUGGCAAUCUCGGGGAGGGCUUCAGGGGUAUCGGGACGUUGGGGACCGGCCCUGACCGCGAGGGUGCGACCGCCAACGGCAUGCCCGAGCCAGGCCCUAUCGUGUCUAGCUUCUUCUUCUCGGGACCGCGGUACCACUACCCAAUACCCCGGGGCCCGUUCAGCUCGAGCCACGACUGGCUACGCGCUCAACUCAACGUUAUCAUCAAAGAGCAUACCACCGCCCUGGCGGAAUCCAAGGACGAGGACGACAGAGAGUACGCACAGAAUGCCCUGCGCGUGGCGCGCAAGCUGCUUCGCAUCCUGCACAAGGUCUUCCCGGCCAUCGUUCAUCCGCCAGAGCGCACCGUGGUGUGGCAUGACGACCUCUCGCUGCGAAACAUCUUGGUCGACGACAACGGCAGCGUCACAGCAAUACUAGGAUGGGAGUGUGCUUCGACAUUGCCUCUGUGGGCUGCGUCGCAGGUGCCCGAAUUCCUGCGGGGGGGCGAGAGGGAGACAAAGCCGGAUCGAGACCGCUACACGGAUGUGGACAACACCGGCGACACCUUUGGCAGCGACGACGAGCUGGACGACAGCCUCGACAACGAGGGCAAGACCGAGCUAUAUUGGAUCCACUUGAUGGAGUACGAGCAAACCCAGCUCCGCAAGGUGUACGCGGCUCGCAUGCGGCAGCUGAGGCCCGGAUGGGACCUGGAGGUUGAGGAGGGGGCCCUGAAAGUGGACUUCCUCGCCGCCGUUUCGCGCUGCAGUUCCGGGUUCUAUCUCAGGCGCAUUGAACAGUGGGCGGAUGCGGUCGAGCGCAGAGAGUAUCUACCCUUGAUGGAGGUGCUUAGGGUUGGCAUCAAGAAAGAAAGGGUGGUCAACCAGGCCUCGAGGGCGACGACAUGAGGCAGUCCCGCCUUGGGAAGCAGAU